AUGGAUUGCUCUAUCUGCAGUGCGAUGCCAUUUAUAUUAAGGCCUCCAAGGAAUACAAUAUGUGGAACAUGCUACGAGGGAGCCAGAAGCAUAAUUACAUUGACGAAUAAGCUUGAUAAUGAUAAGGGAGUCGAAAAACCAAGUAACCCCAUGGUUUCUCCAUCGAAUUCUUGUAAGGGAUUUGCAAAUGCUUUGAAAUGGGUGAAGGAAAUGAAGGAGAUGGAAGAGGAACUGAAUGAGAAGUUGAGCUUUCUGGGUGGGUUUGUUGCAGCAUUUAGAGAUCAGAUUCACCCCGAUAUUCAAAUCAAGCCCGGAAAUAAUGGACCCUCCAUACCUGCACAUAGAGCAUUACUGGCAGCAAGAUCUGAUAUCUUUAGAAACAUGCUAGACUCAGAUGGAUGCAAAGCUCCACCAAAUGACACAAUAACACUCCCUGAAUUGGACUAUGAAGAGCUAGAGUCUCUCCUGGAGUUCCUCUACAGUGGACACUUGCCUAAAGAAAAGGUGGAAAAACAUGUUUACUUGCUAUCAGUUGCUGCAGAUAAGUAUGAAAUCCCAUUCCUACAAAAGUUCUGCGAGCAUCAUAUGCUUGGAUCCUUGAGCUCAUCGAAUGUUCUCGAUGUUCUUGAGAUCUCAGACACUUGUUCGAACCAGACUUUGAAGGAGACUGCCUUGAACUUCAUUGUUAGGAACAUGGAGGAUAUAGUUUUCUCUGCUAGGUUUGAUGCAUUUGCACUCAAGAACCCUCACUUAACUGUACAGAUUACAAGGACAUCCUUCAUGGAUAUCAAAACUAGAAAAAAUGUGGCUUGAGAGAGAGAGAGAGAGGAACAUAUCCACCACACAAGGGCCUGUACAUUUAAUUUCUCUUGUAC